GCAGUAAAUAGUUUUCUUUUUAUCUUCCAGGACCUUGACGUAUCGUCUCCAUUCAGCCGUUGAACUGGGAAGAGUCCAUACUGUUUUGAUUGAAAUGCGACCUGAAAGAAGAUUUUCAGAAAAGAAAAUGUUGCUGCUUAAAUGAAUUAUUGAAGUUCUCCGGCGGUGAAAGGUUAAACUCGUCGUUCGGCUUCUAUCGUCGGUGAGAGCCAGCGGCACAAAUGUCUGGAGCGGCCGGCGGGGUAGGAGGCUCCCCGUGUUUGGGCGCAGCAGCAGCGGCAUCCAGUUGCAGCUCCUCCGCCGGCUCUACCUACGCCGCUGCAACCGCGGGAGUGGCCGGGAGGCUACAAGCUCGAGUGCUGGAGCACAUUUUCUCCUAUUUGGAACUGGCUGACUUGAUGAGCUGUUCGUUGGUCUGCUGGCACUGGAACAAUGUCUUGGCGGAUGAAAACAGCGAGGUGUGGCGCAGCCUCUGCAGCCGGACUCUUGGCGAUGAGGCUCUGCGAUCUGACGUCCUGUGUAACCUGCCCACCUACAAGGGGAAACUCAAAGCCUUCCAGCACGCGCUGAGCUCCCACGACUGCUCGCGCAACGUCUAUGUGAAAAAGAACGGCUUCACGCUGCACCGCAACCCCAUCGCCCAAAGCACGGACGGCGCGCGAGGCAAGAUCGGCUUCAUGGAAGGGCGGCACGCCUGGGAGAUCUGGUGGGAAGGCCCCCUGGGCACCGUGGCAGUCAUAGGCAUCGCCACAAAGCGCGCGGCGAUGCAAUGCCAGGGUUACGUGGCUCUGCUGGGCAGCGACGACCAAAGUUGGGGCUGGAAUCUGGUCGACAACAACCUGCUGCAUAACGGCGAGGUCAGCGGGAACUUCCCGCAGUGCAACAACGCGCCGAAAUACCAGAUUGGAGAGAGGAUACGAGUGAUCCUGGACAUGGAUGACAAGACGCUAGCCUUCGAGAGGGGUUUUGAGUUUCUCGGAGUAGCGUUUCGAGGACUUCCCAAAGCCUGCCUCUUCCCGGCUGUUUCUGCCGUUUAUGGCAACACAGAAGUCACCAUGGUGUACCUGGGAAAGCCUCUCGACGGUUAGACCAACCUGUUCCAUUAUUCAAAGAUAAGCUUUAGACAGCUGCAGGACCUUUUUGUUUUUCGUCACACUAUCAUCCAAACCGUUUGAGACCGCUGGAGGACAACUUCUCCCCAGGCAUCUCCAUCCACAAAGAGGACUGCUUGCGUUUUCUACUACAGAAGAGGAGUGCAUGCAGAGUGUCAUGAAAAGGGUCCGGGUUUCCACGUGGAAGAGUCCACUUUUACCGUUAAGCUGCUGACGUUUGGUUGACAAAACAGGAAGCAGAGCGGCUAACAGCUUUACACACACUUGAGGUCUUCUGCCCGCUCCACUGACGCCAAAUCUACUCUAAUUAUUGACAACAACUACUCAGAUAUUAUAAGUGAAAAGGUGGCUUUAUGCUGUACAAGUUCAUAAAACAAGUCACUGGAUUCUCUUAAUAACCAGUGACUGGAUUAUAAUGAAGUUAUGCCAAACCAUUGUCAUAUGUUUUUUUGUUUUUUUCUUAAUUUUAUUAUUUUUAUAUAGUAAAAAAUGGAGGAAAUGUAUCACAUCUCCUCUUUUUAAAGAACUCCUCAGUAUUGGUGCAAAUGUUCUCGUUUUAUGCUAAUGUGUGUCCUUUUUAUUAUGCUACUGUAGUGUUCAAUUUAUUUAAUUUAUGGUUUUAUCCUCGGUACCACAGACACUGUAUGGUUGUGAGGCCUGUAAAUAAAGUCGACAUGGUGCCACCACGAUGAAAAA